CCACAAUGCUAUGAGAGCUGCAAAGAAAUUUCGUUUAGCAAGAAAGAAAUCCUUAAAGAACUCUGCACUAUCUAUGACAGCCCUCUCGAUGUGACUGUGUAAGUUCCCUGCCUUGCGGAAACAACUGAAGAUGAUAAGAAUUACUCACAUAGGAAGAACACAUUUGGUAAGAAAUUUGGAUUACAGUUUCACUUGCAGUGAGGGAGCCUUCCUUUUAGGUGAAGGAGUUGACGUAGAGACAAAAGCGGUAUAGCUGAAAAAGAUGGAGGAACACCGGAUUCAUAUGAUAAUACAAAUGAUGGGUCUCCUGCUAUUUGCUCUCCCACAUUACUCUGACACCUUAAAUCUAAACCUGGUUAACUUCACUGAAUUCUCUGGCCCUGAGGGAAGCUUCUUUGGCUUCUCUGCAGAUUUCUAUCAGUUUAGCAACAACACCAUCAGUGUUGUGGUUGGGGCCCCCAGAGCCAACACAAGUCAGCCAGGAGUCACUGAGGCGGGGGCUGUGUAUCUCUGUCCCUGGGCACAGACAGGAGGCGCCUGUACUACCAUGACCUUUGACACAAAAGGUGAUGAGGUUUAUCCUCACCAGAAUUUAGGGAUAAGGUCUUCAAAGUCCCACCAGUGGUUUGGAGCUACUGUGCGAUCCUCUGGAAACUACAUUGUGGCCUGUGCCCCCCUGUUCCACUGGAACGUGAUAGACGUGGGUGAACGUGACGAGGCCCAGAACACUCCAGUGGGGAACUGCCUAGUGUUGAACACACUGACGGGGAAAACGGUUGACUUCUCCCCCUGCAAAGAAGUCAUGACGGAGAAGGUUUACAAAGCCCUGAAGUACAAUAACGACAGACGAUACUGUGAAGUGGGAUUUAGCUCCGACAUAACAAAGGAGGGAAGACUCCUUAUUGGUGCCCCUGGAGGCUACUACUUUCAAGGUCAGAUCAUCAGUGCAGGACUGCUUGACAUUGUCAACAGUGCCAAGAGACAGAAUGCCAAACCUUAUGUGGCAGGACAAACCCAUUCCCCUGAGACUGGUGGAUACGAUCAUUACCAUGGGUAUUCUGUGACCACUGGCGAGUUCACUGGAGACUCAAUACCAGAUUAUGUGGUUGGGGUGCCUAAUGACCGCAACACAGCAGGAACAGUCAAAAUCUAUAAUGGAAAUGCAAUUAACUUUUUGGGAGUGAAACACACAUUCUUAGGCUCUCAGGUGGCCUCUUACUUUGGCCACAGCGUUGCAGUGACUGAUAUUAACAAUGAUGGACGAGAUGACAUCCUAAUCGGGGCGCCGCUCUUCAUGGAGCGUGUGUCGGGCCAGCAGUUACAGGAGGUGGGCCAGGUGAGUGUGUACCUGCAGAGAGAGCGCUCCACCUUCCACUCCAAGCCAGACCAGAAGCUGACAGGUUCCCACGUGUACGGACGCUUUGGCAGCACCAUCGCCCCCCUCGGUGACCUGGACAAGGACGGUUUUAACGAUGUUGCUGUGGGAGCCCCAUCCUCAGGCGUUGAAGGGAGGGUUUUCAUCUACAUGGGAACUAGCAAUGGACUGUCUCCCCAGUAUACCCAGGUCAUUGAGAGUCCCUUCCAGUCCCUAGGCUCUCCAGCACAGUUUGGCUUCACCCUGAGAGGGGCCGUUGACAUUGAUUCAAAUGGCUACCCAGAUCUAAUUGUUGGUGCAUGGGGAGUCAAUAAGAUUGCUGUGUACAGGGCUCAAGCCGUGGUGAUGGCCAAAACCCAACUCUCCCUCUACCCUGACUUCUUGAACCCAGAUGUGAAGGAGUGUGAGCGCCCCACCACCAACGAGCCUGUGGCCUGCUUCACAGUCAUGAUGUGCAUUAGUGUGUCUGGCCACAGCAUUCCACAGGAGAUAGUUCUAGAUGCAGAGCUUCAACUGGACAAGAUGAAACAGCCAAUGGCCAGGAGGACCCAGUUGCUGCAGACCAAUCUGCCCCAAGAGUAUUUCCAGCUAACCAUUCAGAGAGAUGUGGGAGUGGUCUGCAGGAACCAAACUGCUUACCUAAGGCAUGAGUCAGAGUUCAAGGACAAGCUGAGCCCCAUCUUCAUCUCCCUGAACUACAGCCUGUCCAACUCCAACUCCCAGGAGGCCAUGCUGCAUGGCCAGAGAGCUGUGGUCACACAGACCAGGAUCAUUCUGGACUGCGGAGAGGACAACAUCUGUGUCCCUGACCUGAGGCUGACUGCUGAAGCAGGUACCGACCGUCUUCUGAUAGGGGAUGACCACCCUGCCCUGUUGGUCAUCACAGCGGAGAACAGAGGAGAGGGGGCCUACGAGACCGAGCUGGAGAUAAUCCCACCAACCAACACACACUACCAGAGUAUGGUGACUGAUAGAGAGGGCUUCAGCAGGUUGAUCUGUGCUCAGAAGAAGGAGAACCAGACAGUGGUGGUGGUCUGUGAACUGGGGAACCCUAUGAAGCAGGGCCAGAAGCUCCAGGCCGGUCUGUUCUUCAGCGUGGGGAACCUGGAGGAGGUGGAGAGCCAAGUGUCAUUCACAUUACAGAUCAAAAGCAAGAACAGCCAGAACCCUGACAGUAACGUAGCCCAUCUGAGGAUUGAUGUCAGCGCUGUGGCAGCUCUGGAGAUGCGGGGGGGCUCCUCUCCACCUGAGUGUGUCCUGCCCAUUGCCAAGUGGGAAGAGAAGGAGCAGCCUGCUGACCUGGAGGAGGUUGGCCCACUAGUGGAACAUGUCUAUGAGUUGAGGAACCUGGGUCCGAGCACGGUCAACGCCAGGGUGGAGGUAGAGUUCCCCACCCGUCACCAUGGAGACUUCCUGCUCUAUGUGUUCGCCAACGCCUCUGAGGAUUUCCUCACCUGCCACACUGACUCCCCUGACAUCGACCCAUACCAGUUGGUGAAGACUGGGAAUGCUACUGUUGGUACAGUGUACAAGGUCAAACAGAAUGAGGUGGCACGGCCGGAGACACAGCGCAAAGAGACCGUUCACGUGAACUGCACCAGUGGAGAUACCUGUCUGAGGUUUGUGUGUGAGGCCACAGGUCUGGAGAGAGGCUGGAGCGCUGUGGUGAAGGUGAUGUCCCGACUCUGGGUACAGACUUUCCUGGAGAGGCCCUAUGAGAAUUAUGUUCUCCACUCUACAGCACGCUAUGAGGUUAUUGAUAUGCCCUCUAAGAUCCAGCCUAAAGAGCUGCCAAGUGGACAGGCUGAGAUCCAGACCAGUGUGGUGUGGAGAGCUCCUGAUGGAGAAAAGGAGGUGCCGGUGUGGUGGAUCAUUGUGGCCGUGGUCUCUGGCCUCUUCCUCCUCGCUCUGCUAGCUCUGAUCUUCUGGAAGGUGGGGUUCUUUAAUCGCAACCGUCCCCCAUGUGAUGAUGAUGAUGACGAUGCAGAACAGCUAGCUGGUGCUGGACAGUCUGAAUACGCUGAGAUGUCCCCAAACACAGAGGACAAGCAAGCAUAAACAACUACUGUAUCACCCUGGAAACCCUGGUGUUUUAUGUAUUUAUUUGAUUUGACACAGACGCCAACACUUUUUCUGAGUGUUAAACUGUUUCACAUGGUUUGUAAAUGUUGCUAUGGGCUUCUUGUUUUACUCCCUAUAACUGCAAAUUUUUUAAAGAUGCACCCUAAAGAUGUUUUUUAAAGGGUAUCUUGCAGCUAUUGCAUUUUGUAAUAGAAUAAUCAUAUAAUCUUGAUUUAACACUUUGUGUCCUUUUGAAGCCAAACUGGCAUUCCAUUGUUCACAGAAGGGAUAUCCUUGUUAGUGUGAUGGCAUCGGCCUGCUCGCUAAGUAACCAUUGUGUUGGGGAGACCAUCAUGACUCACUGAAGGCUGAGCCAGCUUCCUGUUAUUGUAAAGGAGAGAGGGUAGAGGGGAGACCCUAGAGUGACAAUAACACUCAGACCAGGCAAUUCUGUGUUUAUGCAGCCCAUGUAAAAAGAAUAAGAAAUAAAUACCCAGAUAUGGCAAGAAGGGUGCAGUACUUAUA